AUGGGACACGACCACCUGUUCUCUGCGAGGACGGCUUUCCUCUGCUCGCUGCUCCUGUGUCAGUCGGUUCUUUGUGACGAGAAGACCCACUCACACGCUGAAGACGAUCUCUUCAAGACGCUGUUUGAGGGUUACAACAAGUGGUCGAGACCCGUGCCAAACAUCUCGGAUGUGGUCAUUGUCAAGUUUGGCCUGUCCAUAGCGCAGCUCAUCGACGUGGAUGAGAAGAACCAAAUGAUGACAACCAAUGUGUGGCUUAAACAGGAGUGGAAUGACUACAAACUACGCUGGAGACCGUCGGACUAUGACAAUGUGACGUCCAUAAGAGUGCCGUCAGAGCUCAUAUGGGUACCAGACAUCGUCCUCUACAACAAUGCUGACGGUGAGUUCGCUGUGACCCACAUGACCAAAGCUCACCUGUUCCACACUGGUAAAGUUCGCUGGGUCCCGCCUGCCAUUUACAAGAGCUCCUGCAGCAUCGACGUCACCUUCUUCCCCUUCGAUCAGCAGAACUGCAAAAUGAAAUUCGGCUCCUGGACGUACGACAAGGCCAAGAUUGACCUGGAGCGGAUUGAAAACACCGUGGACCUGAACAACUACUGGGAGAGCGGUGAAUGGGCCAUCAUCAACGCUGUGGGGACAUACAAUACAAAGAAAUACGACUGCUGCCAUGAGAUCUACCCAGACAUAACAUACUUCUUCAUCAUUCGAAGGCUUCCCUUGUUUUACACUAUCAACCUCAUCAUCCCCUGUUUGCUGAUCUCUUGCCUCACUGUUUUGGUUUUCUAUCUGCCCUCAGACUGUGGUGAGAAGAUCACCCUGUGCAUCUCCGUGCUGCUGUCCCUCACUGUUUUCCUUCUCCUCAUCACGGAGAUCAUCCCAUCCACAUCCCUCGUUAUCCCGCUCAUCGGCGAGUACCUCCUCUUCACCAUGAUUUUCGUCACCCUCUCCAUCGUCAUCACCGUCUUUGUGCUCAACGUGCACCACCGCUCUCCCAGCACUCACAAGAUGCCCCGCUGGGUCCACUCCGUGUUCCUGGACCUGAUCCCACGCUGGCUUUUCAUGCGUCGGCCCGCUCCAGACGGCCGGCGUCGACGGCUGCUGCUGCUCCAGCAGGAAGCAGUGGUGGAGCGGCGGCAGGGCCGGAUAGCCGGGUUCAAAUCUAGCAACUGCCUCAGCACCUCGGCUAACUGGUUAAGAGAUGGGACGGCAUCAGGAGACCUUGAGAGGACCAGUUAUGAGGAUUUAGAGCUGGGGACACUGACCUCAUAUUUCUCCUUCCGUCCUCCUUCGCCCAGACCUCCAGGGUCCACUCCUCCACCACAACAGAAAAACCCACAGAACAGCCAGAACCGAUCGGAGGGGGCUGCAGGGACCAACAGACAGUUAACGGGGGCCAGGGUCAAUCCCACUCAGAGGCCAACUAAAGUUGAUAAUACCGUGUCAGACUCUACAUUCCUGCUCUCGCCAAGUGUUAUACGAGCUCUGGAAGGGGUGCACUACAUUGCAGACCAUCUGAGGGCUGAGGAUGCUGACUUCAGCGUGAAAGAGGAUUGGAAGUAUGUCGCCAUGGUGAUUGACCGCAUCUUCCUGUGGAUGUUCAUUAUUGUGUGCCUGCUCGGGACCAUAGGCCUCUUCUUACCCCCCUGGCUAGCUGGCAUGAUCUAGCUCUCGUGAGAAAGUGUGAAAAAUCCAUAAUCAUGGCUAGUUAGUGAAGUUUGACACGGAAAAUGUAGCUGAACUCGACAUCAGGACUGGGAAUGUGACUCAAGUUUGUGUAACAUGCUACGUUAGCGACCUCAUGAACCUAUAAUGCUCUUUUAUAGAUCACAAAACCAAAAUGUAGCUAUUUUCAGAUCCUUCUAACUACUGGGGCAGAACUCAAAAUGGUGUAUCCUCUGCAGACCUCUAUCUCAGAUAUACAGAAUCAGCUUGUCAGGCUCAGCUGUCCAGACUAAGCUCAGCUUUCAUCUGUCUAAGCUGCACUUUGGCAGCCUCAGGUGUACUUCCUCAGCCUCACCUGUUUGCGGUUAACCUGAAUGCUAACAUUAGCACGUCAACAUGCUCAGAAUCGGCCAUUUUUACCUUAAGUUAACAAACUAUUGGGUGUUAAUAUGCUAAUAUUUAGCACAUAAGAUUUGGCAUGUUA